UACAGAUGCCCAGUCAACAGGAGGAAGCGCACGGGUCACACAGGCACAGAAGCCUACCGGGGACGUAGUGAGAUGGCCGUGUCCCGGACCUACAGGCUAUGUACACAUGGCCCGUGUGUGUACACUAUGACGGUAUUGAUCUUCACCAUGACAAUAACAUUCCAGGCGUCUGGGCUUGACCUUGUCUGUCCAGAUAUCGUUUACCUGUGGAGCUCCGCACACCUGGUGUGCUCAGGUAAUUCACCUGUCUACUUUAAGACACCUAUGAAGACAACUGCAGCCGCGUGCAGCAUGGAGCGAUACAAGUGUAUACCACAUGGUACCUACCGAGCUUCAGUGGUCAACUCUACAUCCAGUGAGGUCACCAUCACCAAUACCUCCCACAUUCAUGCAGGCGAGUGGACAUGCAGCACUGGUAGCGAGGUGCGGACAUGCAGUAUCACUGUUGCAGAGGUACCGUCAUGCACCGUGACAGCAAACAACGUCAGCACUUUGAGUGUCGGCGACGACCUGUCACUCACCGUGAACAUUACAGGGUACUACUGUUCAAAGGAGGUUCGGUUUCACUUGACGAUCGGAAACAUCAGUAAAACAAUAGACUCGUCAGAUGGUGGCGAGGUUGUGGCGGCCUUCAACGUGUCCACCAGAGAGGCCCACUUUGGCAGAGUGGGGUUAACCUUUGAGUGUGGUGAUGACAGCCAGCGUGUAGCGUGUGAUGGUGUACAGACUCUAGCUGAAGAUCCCGGGACGGCCAACAUCUACGGAGAACCACCAACACAAAUCACCACCAGUAAGUCCUCUGGCGUCAUAUAUGCAGCAGGAGUUAUCUCCCUUCUCAUCCUCGUCCUAAUAGCGAUCAUUCUCCACUCAAUGCGGAAGGAGGCAACUCGGAAACACCACCCACCCACACCUCCAACAGUAGGGUGGCUGGCGGGAGGGCGUGACGCAGAGGACAGUGUGUGUCUCAUACACAACGACCACGCCCAGGAAGGGACAGGGGGUGUCGGUGCCGAUAACUCCGGGUUUCUUGUUGAUGAGCAGAUUGUGUCAGCUCGUGGCAGAUGUGAAUCGUGGAUGUCCGUGGAGGAGGUUCUGGCUGAACGCCAUCUUGAAACUGACUUUUCCACACGAAGAGGACUCCGACGGGACAGCGCGGAUGACGCAUCACAGCACAUCAUUGCGUCAUGCAUGCAGGAUAUACACUUAAGAAGAACAUUUAUUGCCAUCACCCAGAGAAUGGACCCGGCUAGCAAUCAGGAAGUGGCAUAUCUAAGUUUCUGAAAGACGGACUAUAGCUCGGAAAGAUUCAGGAAAAGCUAUACAUGCCGCGUCGUGUCUAAACCUCACUGAAUAGCCUCAUUAUGUUUUCAAAAAAUUGACUAUGGUC